AUGACUGGUAAUGAUUGUGAGGGCGCAGGAGUGAUGGCAGAUCUGAGCUUGACUGACGCUCUGAACGAUACACCUCAGCCGGAUGUGGAGGAUGUUGUGGAGAGGGAUUUUGUGGCCACGUUGGAGGCUGAAGCUUUCGAUGAUCAGGUCGGAGAAACGGUUGACAAGACGGACUUUAUCCCACUGCUGGACAAUGACGGGAAGGAUCCAGGUACAGUAGUGGAGAAAGGACAGCAGGAAGCUCAAAGAGUUCAUAAAUCUGGCGCUGUGAGUCCGCUGAUGUCCUGGAAGGAGAAACAAGAGGACGUCCAGACACAUCUGACCACUGAAACUGACCUGCUGUCAGUCUCGAUGUCUGGGUGUCCUGAUCAGUUUGGCUCUCAGAUGAUGAUGGACAGCUGCUCCAUUGGGUCGUUCACAGGUUUCUCUGAGGCGAUCACUGGUGCUGCUCCACUUCAGACUGAAAGAGCGUCUGGUGUGGCUGAAACACAGAGUCCAGCAGCGGUUCAGGCUUCUGAAGCCCUAAACAUCCCAGCUGAACCCCUGCCGGCCAGCACAGCCAAGAGCCCACUGGACACAUCUGCAGGUGUCUUUGCUGACCGCUGGUCUGAUGAGGCCGGCAUCCCAUCCGACCUGCCUUUCACGCCUAGUGUUUCCACCAUUAUCACUCGCCACGCCAGUCAGCUUGUGGAGAGCCCACAUGAGACACCGGACCCCCAGUGGUCCCCGAGAGAUAGCGAGGACAGGGAAAGUGAAGGAUCCGACCGAAAGAAGGAAAAGAAGAAGAAAAAGCGAAGACCCAGAGACGAGGUUUACGACUUUAACACCGAAAUGCAAAGUGAAAGUGCUUUAUCUGAGAGCCCCCAUCAGUCGUCCCCACUCAAGGAAGGCUGGGAAGAUGGUGGACGCAUCGGCGGGCGAGUUAAGAGGCCAAAAAGUCGCAAGAAAAUCCCUGAAGAAUGGGCAAUCAAUGCUGAACCCUUUGUUCCAGCGUCAGCCUCCAUGCAUCAGGAAUUUGCUCAAUCUGAAGUCGACAGCGGUCUUGUAUCGCUUUCUGAAGACUUCACAGAUGAGAGUCUCAUUCCUAUGUCUCUUACCCAAGAUCUGCUAUCACUGACAGCCACUUCCCCACCGUCCACAACUACCUUCGAACAUGCAAUAAUUUCUCCCAAAUCUCCCACUUUAUUUCCCUUGGCAAUGUCCUCAGGAUUGCACAACAUCAUGAUGGAAACCGAUAGCGAUUUCAACCUGGAAAGCAAAGCUGAUUCUCUUGCUUUCAGCCUCAAUGACACACAACCUUCUCCACGUGGAACUUUCGAGGAUCCAAUGUUUGGGCAAGAUCCCUCGUUCGCUGAUCCUGUGAGCACCCAAGAGUUGCCAUUGAAGGAACCCCAGGCGUCCACUCCAGGAAGCACUUGUUUUGUACCACCAAUGGAGGCAUUGAUCUCAGCUCCACCUUUUUCUCCAUCUGGACCUGCAUGGUCUCUUAAUAACCACAAUCAACCACAAUUUGACCUUGAAGGGGAUUCCUUUGAGACCCAAGUCCCGGCGCCUCUUGCUUCACCAAAGAGCAAAUCCCCAAAAUCCAAACAAGGCAAGAAGUCAUCCUCAACUAAAAGUCCAACCUCUCCUGACGCAAAGUUGCUUUCUCCACAAACUUCAGGCCUGAAUCCUGCCGCUCCCCCGUUUUUUCCUAGCUUUGCAGAACCUCGGGAGCAAACCGCGGGAUUGUCCUUCAAAUUGGAAGAAAAAUCUGAGAAGAACAAGCCGGAGGUGAACAAAAUGGACCCCGUCCAGAAGUUUGAUGAAUUUGACAUCUUCAGCAAGACUGAGAAAGAUCAGAAGAUGGAGACAGUGACAGAGAAAGAUAAAUCUGAGCACAAACAGACAACCAAAGCAGAAAACACAGAAACUCUGGACAAAAACAAAGAGGUGGAGAAGAAAGCGGAUGAAAGAGUUCACCAUGCAGAAACGGCAGUGAAAGUGGAGAAGAUUGAAAAAGUGGAAAAAAGCACUAAAGAGGAGACUGAAAAGGCUGAAAUGUUGGAGAAAAGCAGUGAUUUAAAAGAAAAGACAGAAAAAACAACAGAGUUCUCCCCAAAGAAAGAGGAACCGGCGGAGAAACAAGAGCUGAAGAAAGAAGAAGUGAAAGUCGAGGAGAACAAAUCAGAGCAGAAAGAUGAUGUGAAGGAGAGAGUUGAACUGAAGACCCAACAAGACGAAACCGAGAAGGAGACAGUAGAGGAGAAAGCAGAAAAGAGCGAGCCGGCUGAUAAGAAACCUGCCAAAGCUGAGACGAAGGAUGAAAAAGCCAAAAAAGCAGCUGCUAAACCCUCAGCGGCCAAACCUGCGCUAACCAACGGUGCUCCUGGAAAAGACUUGAGCAGUCCUGAGAAGAAGACCAAGCCUGUUGCUGGAUCAACCAAACCCAGCUCUGCCAAGCCCCGCCCCAGCUCCGCCUCCACUGCUACAGCUGCCUCCAAGCGUCCAAUCGCUACCUCAGCCUCCAGUGGCCCUGCCCCCAUCAGUAAAAAAGCCCCUGCGCCCAAAACAUCCACUGCACCUGCGGGCACCAAACGGCCUACCACGGCCACAGCACGACCCCCCACCACCGCUACCACAGCGGCCAGAGACGUCAAGCCCAAGACGGUGACAGAGAAGCGUCCACUGGUGCCCAAGUCCAGCACUGCUCCCUCUCGACCCGCUGCAGAUAAACCUGCGUCCACAACACGACCCACAGCCAGCGCUCCUGCGGCCCGACGCCCCCUUGCUGCGAAGACUGAGAGCAAACCAGCAGACGACAAGAAAGCCAGCACACUGAAAACUACAGUUACAGAUGGUGCCCGCUCUAAACCUGCACCCGUCAGACCCUCCACCACCAGCACUAUCAGCAGCAGCGCCUCCACACGCCCUCGACCCACCAAAACCCCCUCAGCAGGCGGCACCGGCACCACUUCUCUGGUUCCGAGGAUCCAAACAAUGCCCCGCCCCCCUCGAACCUCCAUCUUCAGCAGCAGCACCACACGCACCACCAACACAACCAGAAGCACCGCCCACACCACUACCACAACCAGCACCACCCGCAUUACAAGCAGCAGCACCGCCAGCACUGCCCGGCCCAGCUCCACACCCGCUCCAGACGUCAAGAACAUCCGCUCCAAGAUCGGCUCCACAGACAACAUCAAACACCAGCCUGGAGGAGGAAAGGUUUCAGGGUCUCAGAGCAGGACGGACUCACAGAUCUCAGCCUCCAAAGAGAGCAGCCAGGGCAAAGUUCAGAUAGUCUCCAAAAAAGUGGACUACAGUCACGUGACCUCACGCUUGGGCUCCAAGGACAAUAUGAAACAUAUUCCUGGUGGAGGGAACGUUCAGAUUCUCAGCAAGAAGAUCGACUUGAGUAAAGUGACCUCCAAGUGUGGAUCCAAAUCCAACAUCAAACAUAAACCAGGUGGAGGUGAAGUCAAGAUCGAGAGCCAUAAGGUGAACUAUAAGGAUAAAGCUCAGUCCAAGGUGGGAUCUAUGGAUAAUGUCAACCAUGAGCCUGGAGGAGGGAAAAUCAAGGCUGAGGGGGUUCAGGAGACUCCCUGCAGUGGUGUUUCUGCCACCGCUGAUGCCCAGGAGAAUGGGCUGAAGGACGGCGGUCCCUGCAAGAGUGACCCGAUCCGGGACUCGCAGGGCCUGGAUUUGCUCAUCCCUGAAACAAGUAAGUUUGUGUGUGAACGCAGCCCAAAACCAGCCCACCGAAGCCCCCAGCCAGACUAGAGCUGAUUUAGAUUAUGACUGACAUCCAGAGGCCAU